AUGGAAGCGCUCAAGCAGUCGACACAGAACCAGCCACCAGAGCCAGAUGCGGCCAACGUUGCCGAACUCUGGCUAUAUAAGAACCUUGCCAGCGGCAUCAUUCUAAUUGUGGCGGGUUACUAUGAUGAUGACGACAAUGUGACCACCUUCGUCAGCGGAGACUUCAACAUCUCGCAUGGUCCUGUGACGCCCCUGGCCUUUGACAAGGGAUGGAUCUACAUAAUCGACAACGUAUUGUCGAUUCCUCAUAUCUUCAGCGAGGCGGUGGUUGCAGAGGACGAGGACUUCAACGGCACUUCGUUCGUUGCGGCUCUUGAUAGUACAGGACUGACGGAAGAGUUCAACUCCUUCCAUGACGCCACGUACUUUGUUCCUGAAGACGACGGCUGGGCCCUCGUCGGGGACACCCUUUCGCAAUUGAGCAAGGACAACCUGACACAGCUGCUCAAGUACCACGCUUGUGACCGGAUCUUACUUUUCGAUGACUGGAAGAAUGGCACCCAAGUGACCACAUUGUCAGGCCAGACUGUCACCUUCAUCCAAACAUCCGACGAGGAGUGGUUUAUCAACAACGCCGGCGUCAGUUCCGCCAACCUCAUCACCGCUGGCGGACUUGUCGUCUUCAUUGACAAUGUGCUGAACCCCUAUAGCAGCUAUGCGCCGCCGCAAAAUGGCACUGAUGGAGAAGGUGUUCCUGCAUGGCCGGUCAACCAGCACGGGAGCCGCUGGUUCGCGCACCGCAUCAGCCACCGGAACUGCUGCCACUUCUACAUAUACUGGUGCUGCUGUACAGCUGAAGGCAGGCGCGAUCGGUUCGGCUGUGUCCCUCGGCUAUGCUGCGUUGACUCUGCUUUGAUUGCAGUGACGGCUCAUGUAUCGAACGGGCGACAAAUGCAGUGCGAGUUUGCGCCAUUGUCGACGUGUUAG